GUAGCUCGGAUUGUCCUACUCACCGGAGGAUAUCCCAAUGUCAAAAAGUACACGGUGAGAAACGCUGUUAUGGGUCUUUUAAACGGCUGUACAAGGAUUGCUCAAAAAGUGAUUCGACGCCACUAUAGACUUGGAAGCACCUUAAAUGUUUUAUUAAGGGUAUAUCAUUUAAAAUUUGUUGAUAAUUCGAUAGAACAUAUUCCGCAUCACGUCUUUGAAACGAAAUCGUGCGUCCUGUUGUGAAAAUCGGUCGUAUACACAUGUCGUCAAAUAGUUAUAAUUAUUCAAAGCAAAUAGCAUAUUGCUUGAAUAUUUUAUUAAUAUAUUCAUAAAGAAAUUUAUUGAUCCAAUUUAACGUUUCUUUAUGGGAAAUUUCGCGCAAGACAAUUUUUAUUGCAAAAUAAAUUUGUUGAUGCUGUUGCUUUCUCCCGCUUUCUCUCCCUCUCUCCCCCUCGCCGAAAACAAGUUUUUCCUAUAUUAGUACAACUAAAAUCUCUUUCAGAAUCUCUUUUCUGAUACCUCGUUACUCUUCUAUAUCUUAUAAUUUCUCAAAUCCUUUUUUUUAUUAUCUCUUUUGAUUUCUUUAAACACUAUAACAGUAAUUAUCCAAAUGCUUAUAUUGUCAGUUCUGAUUGAUAAAUUACAAAGCGAAAAGUUCAUUUACGUCAAAGAUAACUGACUAAAUAUGAUAGUUGUUUUUUAAAUAAUAAUAAAUAUUAAAAACAAGCUUCAUAUCUGAAGGUUUGCUGUCUGAUUUUUUAUAUAAACGUUUCAAUCUUAUUCCUUAUGCGGAAAAUUAACUAUCGAAUUUGUCAACUAUCAUUAAUUAACUUUAUUUCUUUUAAUAUUGCGUAUAUGAAUUAUUAUAGCCAUUUGAUAUAAAUAGUUGUAUAAAUUUACUAUUACUAUAUAUAAAUACGUAUCGAAAUAAAUAAUGCAAAAACAACAAACGUUACAGGAAGGUGAUAAACUACCCAAUUUAGAAGUGUCUGAAGGCGAACCGGGCUCGAAAUUUUAUAUUGGUGAGGUAUUUGCAAAAGGAAAGGGCGUCCUAUUUGCCGUCCCAGGUGCCUUUACGCCUGGAUGCGAUAAGAAACACUUACCCGGUUAUGUCGAAAAUUACUCUAAAUUUAUAGAGAAAGGAAUCACGACUAUCGCCUGCUUAUCCGUAAACGAUGCUUUUGUCAUGGAUGCUUGGGGUAAACACCAAGGAGCCGAUGGUAAGAUAAGGAUGUUCGCCGAUGCGGAUGGAGAGUUUACGAAGGCGAUUGAUAUGCAAUUGGAUCUGACGAACGUGCUUGGAAACGUUCGAUCUAAGCGCUACGCAAUGUAUAUCCAAGAUGGUGUUGUAAAAAAGCUGCUAGUUGAAUCGGAUGGAACAGGCUUAAGUUGCAGUCUUGCAGUCGAACUACUCAAGCACAUUUGA